AUGUCUUCUGCAGUUUCAUCUAAAGAAGAUACAAUGUCAUCUGGGAAAGCAGAUGAAAAACAACCUGAAACUGUAAACAAAGCUGAGGAAAGUGAGGAAGAUGAAGAAGAGGAAGAGGAGGAAGAAGAAGAAGAAGGAGAAGAAAAAGAGAAGAGUCUUAUUGUUGAAGGAAAAAGGGAGAAAAAGAAGGUAGACCGACUGACCAUGCAAGUGUCCUCAUUGCAAAAGGAACCUUUUACAAUUACACCAGGAAAAGGACAAAAACUCUGUGAAAUUGAAAGGAUACAAUUCUUUCUGAGUAAAAAGAAGACAGAUGAACUUAGGAACCUGCACAAACUCCUCUACAACAGGCCAGGCACUGUUGCUUCCCUAAAGAAGAAUGUGGGUCAGUUCAGUGGGUUUCCAUUUGAAAAAGGAAGUGACCAAUACAAAAAGAAGGAAGAAAUGUUAAAAAAAUUUAGAAAUGCAAUGUUGAAAAGUAUCUGUGAAGUUCUUGACUUGGAAAGAUCAGGAGUUAAUAGUGAGCUGGUAACCAGAAUCUUAAACUUCUUAAUGCACCCAAAACCUUCAGGCAAGCCGUUGCCAAAGUCCAAAAAAGCACCAAGCAAAGGUGGCAAAAAAGAACGCAGCAGCACUGGAACAACAAGGAAAGCAAAACGCACCAAGUGCCCAGAGAUCUUGUCAGAUGAAUCCAGUAGCGAAGAAGAUGAAAAGAAGGAAAAGGAUGACUCUUCAGAAGAAAAAGAAAGUGAAGAUGAGCCCCCUAGAAAAGCAUCUAAAAGAGAAAAACCUAAAAAGGUUACUUCCAAAACCAAGAAAGCUGUGAAGGGUGCAAACGUCAAGAAGGCAGAUAGCAGCACUACUAAAAAAAAUCAGAACAGUUCUAGAAAAG